UUCAUAGUUUUAUUGAUCUCUAAGUACACAACAACAGCGAAGAACGUGCUCGCAACGGAUUUCAUAUUCUUAAGUUGGUCCGUCGAUUGUACCAUAAAUAGAAAAGUUUGAUUAAGGUUCAGCGAUAAAUUACAUUUCAAUGUUAACACCAAAAUGAGGACAUCAUCGGUUGUUAUUUUAACCGUUUUGGUGGCCCUUGGUGCGGUGGAGGCUAGACCAAGUUUAUUGCCAGUCGGUGUGGUACCCUCAGGUCAUUAUGUGGUAUUGCCACAACAUCCCAAUGUGGUUGUGAGUGUGGCCAGUCCACCAGCGGGACCCGAUGCUGGGGCUGCUGUUGCUGAUGCCGCUGUAGCUGUGGCAGAUGCAGUUCAAAAGGCCGCUGACCAAGUUAACCAAGCUGUGGAUGCUGUUGUUAAUGCUCCACCUCCAGUACCUGAUCCUAAUGCCGCAGUUAUCGACAGUGUUGUGGCCGUUUCCGAUGCUGCCCAACGUGUUGCCGAUGAAGUCAAUCACGCGGCCGAGGCCACAGCUCUGGCGAAUGCAGAAGCUGCCCAAAAAGUUGUUGAAGCUGUUCAGGCCCAAGCUGAGGCUGUUAAUGCCCAGGUUGAAGCAUCAGCCGAUGCUGCUGCCCGAGCAGUGGAAGCUGCCAAUGCCGAAAGUGAAAGAGCAAAUGCUGCUGCAGCUGAGGCUGCCAAAGCCACUGCUGAGGCCUUAAAUGCUGCCGCAGCUGCUGCAGCAGCUUCAUCUGCUGAGGCUGCACAUGGACCCGCUGUUGCUGCCUCUUCUCCGGCUGUCGUUGUUGCCGUUGCCCCUCCUGCUGUGCCCGGUGCAAGUGGUAGUCCCGGUCAACCUGGUGGCGCAGGCGGUCCCGGUGGUUUAGGUGGCCUGGGUGGUCUUCCCUCCGUUGUAGCUGGUGCUGGUGGAGCUGGCGGUCCAGGUGGUGCUGUUGGAGGUUCCGGUGGGGCUGGUGGCCUAGGACCAGCUGGAGGCGGUGGAGCCGGAGGUGGUGGUGCUGCUGCUGGUGGUGGAGGAGGCGGCGGCGGUGGCGCUGGAGCUGGAGCUGGUCCUUUGGGUGGUGAUGGUGGCGGCGGUGGUGGUGCCGGUGGUGCAGCUGGCAACAGUUUACUCUCAGGUGUAAGUGGUGGCAGUGGCGGAAACGGUGGAGGUUCUCCUCUGGCCCUCUGCGGCUCUGACGGUCUUGAUGGCGCCGAUGGUCCUCCAGGACCUGAAGGCUCAACCGGCGGUCGUGGUGGCAAAGGAGGCAAGGGUGGUUGUGUUGGCACCGGUGGUGGAGGAGGAGGCGGUGGCGGCGGUGGUGCUGCCCCCAAACCAGGACCUCAUCCUGCUCCCGUUUGGCCCGAACCUGUUGUUGUUAAUGUGAUAGGUCAUUGGUAAUCCUGACCAUUUCUGACUUGACGUGGGAUUUAUCAUCCAAUAAAGUUAUCUAAAUUGACCAGUUUCUUUUUUUCUCAUAUUUUUAAUUGCAAAGAAAUGAAGGUGCAUACACAUAUACACACAUACAUUUUCUAUAUCUUUUAAUAAUUACAAAACAACCGACAAGUUGCAAGAAUUCUUUGAAGUUAAGUUAACCUUAGUUUAAGUCUAGUCAGUCAUUAAUUAUUAACCCCAGCCAUUGAUUUGAAAAAAGUUAUUUUACGUUGUGUUUGAUAUAUCUUAAGUUUUGUCUUUGCAUGUGAAUAUAAAAAAUAUUCGAAAUAAAAA